GUAGCAUGAAGCAGCCAGAAAACUUUGCCUUCUGCAGUGUCAAUCUGAGCCAAGACACAAUCCCCACUGGAUACACUAGCCAACGUGGAUUUUAUUACGCUUCAGGAGUCUGACAUCAUCACCUGUCUUGAUCUCAACUGGAAAGUCAGAAUCAAAGAGAAGGGACUUCUGCUGACGUCACCAGGAAACUAGAAUAAAUACAAAGGUGAGGAGCAGAGCGAAGGCAAACGGAAGAACGGAAUUAGGCAGGUGCAUCAGCUGGACCUGGAUUCACGUACAUUCAUUUAGUCACUUUGCAGCUGAAUAUGGCCAGUGCUUUGCUGUAUUAUUUUCUGAUCCUGAUUUUCGGCAUUCCCAUGCACGAAUGCACGGCGGUACUCCGAGAUGGCAAGUGUGUCAUCGAGGAUCCCUGUUUUGACCUGAGCAUGAUGGCUAAGUCAGCCAAGCAUGUCAGCAAAGAUGUGACACCUGAGGAUGGUGAGAAGAUACUCCUGAGGCACAACUCCUUUGACAAAAUUCGGAAAAAGAAAAAUCUUCACAGCUGUGUCCUGCAGAAAAUCAUUGACCUAUUUCAAGAUGUUCUCGAUAAGACGAAUGGGACCUAUGUACAAGAAAAUGGAGAAAUAAACCACCACAUUGAGCUUGUACACAUUAUGGAACAGCUCAGAAACUGUGUUUAUAAGAAAAAAGAUAGAUGUAAAAAGCUAUAUAGGAUGUCUGACAUAACCACAACUUCCUCUCCAGUGAUUUCGGAGAAAAAAAUGAACCCAAAUCAGCUUGCGGAUUUACAGCUCCAAAAACUGAAGUCUGCCAGUGAGAGGGUCAGCGAUGUGCAUAUCCAGGAGAAGGUCAUGGACGAGCUGAAAACCCUCCAUCUCUACAUGCAGGGAAAAGGCUUCCGGAAAAAUACGAACGACUAAAGAGAAGCAUGAUGUUUUAUGAAUUCUGGCCAGCAAUGUGUUAUGUCACAUCUCUGUCUGAUCACUUUAAGAUGUGUCAGUUUAAGCAGGGACAGAAUACCAAGCUAUCUCUUAUAAAUGAGACCAAACUUAU